AUGGAGCCCGUGAACAAAAAGUGGAGCUCUAGCUGCUUAGAGCUUAUUUCUGUAAGACUAGAUCACCUAGAUGCAAAAUACACAUCUGUGCUUCAACGGUACGAGCAAAAUCACAAGAACAUAGAAGCGAAGGUGGGGCAAAUUCAGGCGGCUGUUUUGAGCUUGGAAGCCAGUAUGGCUGACAACGAUCGGUUGUCUCAUGUCUAUAAUAAUCUUAAUGGGCAAUUCGACGCGAAAAUUGCGGAAUUCAGAGUUGACGCGCAAAACUGGCUCGAUGGAAUGAUAGUGACCCUGGAUAUGUACGCUCGACAACAACUUGACCAUAUAUCAUUUGAUGCCAAUCUUAUGCAAGAGAAAAGAGGCCUAAUUAAAUUGGAUGAAAUGGUCGAGCGGUUGAAAACCUUGCAUAGUAACAUCAUCAACGAUAUGAAAGAUGUAGUAGAAAAUAGAUUGUCAUGUGAAAGGAAAUUGAUAGAAACCAUUACCGAAGGUAAAUUUUACAGUCAACAUGGCAUAUAUCACCAGAAACGAAAAGGCUCAAGUCGGCUAGGAGCGAUUAUGAAAACGUUGAACAAGGAAGAAAUUAGAGUGGAAAUGGCAAAGUUGCUUUCCAAUUUCAAAAAUGAAAUAAUUUCUGAUAUUACUGAGAUGAGCCACUCCCGUGAAGAAUUUGAGGACUUCGUGCUGGAAACUCUGGAAGGACAAAUGAGUGACUUUAUAUCCAACAAGACAACUGCUGCGAAAACGUAG